AUGGAGUAUAAUCGUUGGUGGCUGAUGAUGGUGGCGCUGGUGGUGGUUUCGGUCUCUAUGUCCCUGGCCGAGCCUCGGUCCGACCAUGAGCUAGUGCGUACCGAACGCGGCGCUAAAAAUAAAGAGACUUGCCGCUAUGUUCGCGGAGCGUGGUCCGAAUGUGACCCCAAGACGAACGUGCGUUCACGCACUCUUACUCUCAAAAAAGGAGACCCUAUCAACUGUGAACGUGCUAAAACCAUACAGAAAAAGUGUAAAAAAGCUUGUCGUUACGAAAAGUCUUCAUGGAGCGAGUGCAGCCCGAAUGGUGAAAUGUCUCGGACGGAUAUGCUGAAGAAUAACAGUGACCCAACCUGUGACACCAGCAGACGCGUCACAAAGAAAUGCAACAAGAAUAAGCAGCUUAAGUCCACCAAGGACAAGGGUCGCCGAAAUCGUCAGUAA